AUGUACCUGUUUGGAGGAGUCUCUUCCCGUAUACAGAGGGAAAGGCUGCAUGCGGAGGGCAUGGGGUCUAAUGACAGGGCGCUGAGGUUCCUUAAUCAGGACUAUGAGGCACUUAAGCAGGAAUGUAUAGAGAGUGGAUGUCUCUUUGAGGACCCCUGCUUCCCUGCUCAUGCCACAUCCCUGGGGUUCAAAGAGCUUGCCCCAAACUCUUCCAAAACCCGUGGAGUGCAGUGGAAAAGACCCACGGAACUGUCAGACAAUCCUCAGUUCAUCCUUGGCGGUGCUACAAGAACAGACAUCUGUCAGGGGGCUCUGGGUGACUGUUGGCUCCUGGCUGCUAUCGCUUCCCUUACUCUUAAUGAGAAACUACUGCACAGGGUGGUUCCCCAUGGGCAGAGCUUUCAGCAUGAUUAUGCCGGCAUUUUCCACUUUCAGUUCUGGCAGUUUGGAGAGUGGGUGGACGUUGUUAUAGAUGACCGAUUGCCAGUGAAAGACGGCGAGCUCCUUUUUGUUCACUCCGCAGAGGGCAAUGAGUUCUGGAGCGCGCUUAUUGAGAAGGCCUAUGCUAAGUUAAAUGGUUCUUAUGAGGCCUUGUCGGGUGGCUCCACCACUGAGGGCUUUGAGGACUUCACCGGCGGUGUGGCCGAGAUGUACGAACUGCGUAAAGCACCCAAAGACCUGUACCGCAUCAUCAGCAAAGCCCUGGAGAGGGGCUCCCUGCUGGGCUGCUCUAUUGAUAUCACCAGUGCUUUUGACAUGGAGGCUGUGACCUUCAAGAAACUGGUUAAAGGUCAUGCCUACUCCGUCACAGGCCUCAGACAGGUGGAUUUCCGAGGAACAAUGGAGAGACUAAUUCGGAUCAGGAACCCGUGGGGCCAGGUUGAAUGGACAGGUGCCUGGAGUGACAAUUCGUCUGAAUGGGAUGAAAUAGACCAAGCAGAGAGGGAAGCCAUGAAUGGCCAAAUGGAGGAUGGAGAAUUUUGGAUGACGUUUCAGGAGUUUAAGCGUCAGUUCUCCAGGCUGGAGAUCUGUAACCUGACGCCAGAUGCCCUUAAUGACGAUAGUCUGAGUUUCUGGAACACCAUUAAAUUUGAUGGGAGCUGGAGAAGAGGCAGCACGGCAGGAGGCUGCCGAAACCACCCCAACACGUUCUGGAUAAAUCCACAGUACAAGAUAAAACUACUGGAGGAAGAUGAUGACCCAGAGGAUGACGAGGUGGCCUGCAGUUUCCUGGUUGCGCUCAUGCAGAGAGAUCGGCGUCGCUUCAGAGAGCAUGGCCAAGACAUGCAUACCAUCGGUUUUGCUGUUUACGAGGUUCCAGAGGAGUUUCAUGGCUGCCAGAGUGUGCACCUGAAGAAAGAUUUCUUCCUCAAACACACGUCCUGUGCGCGCUCCGAGACCUUCAUCAACUUGCGGGAGGUGAGCGCUCGAUUGCGCCUCCCUCCUGGAGAGUACCUCAUCGUGCCCUCCACAUUCGAACCCGGCAGAGAGGCUGACUUUGUCCUCAGAGUGUUCACUGAGAAACAGUCAGAGACGCAGGAAAUGGAUGAUGAAGUGACAUUUAACUUGGAAGAGGAGCAAGAAGUAUCAGAGGAAGAUAUUGAUGAGUCCUUCAGGGCAAUGUUUGCACAGUUAUCUGGAGAGGACAUGGAGAUUUCAGUUCGUGAACUCAGGACCAUUCUAAACAGAGUGGUGUCUAAACACAAGGACUUGAAGACUGAUGGGUUUAGUAUGGAGUCAUGCAGAUGCAUGGUCAGCCUUAUGGAUAAAGAUGGCAGUGCUCGGCUUGGAAUGGUUGAAUUUCAGAUCCUGUGGAACAAGAUUAGAAAGUGGUUGGGAAUUUUCAGACAGUUCGAUUUGGACAAGUCGGGCUCCAUGAGUGCCUAUGAGAUGCGUCUGGCUUUGGAAUCUGCAGGAUUCAAGCUCAACAACAAGCUGAAUCAGAUACUUGUGGCCCGAUAUGCUGAAAAGGACACCAUUGAUUUUGACAACUUUGUCUGCUGCUUAGUGAAGCUGGAGGCCAUGUUCAAAGCUUUCCGAGAGCUGGACCAGGAGGGGACAGGUGUUAUAGAAAUGAAUAUCACUGAGUGGCUGUAUAUGACCAUGUGUGGAUGA